UUCCAGACAGGCUUGAGACCUGCAAGAGGUAGUGAUGUCUCAAGAGAGGUAUGGUUACAGAUCAGGUGGGUGCUGGAUUGCCCCUGCUCCUAUCAGCUCACGGCACAAACUGGCAGGGGUGAAACAUGCACUGUAUCAUCCUUUUCAACCCACCCUUCGCCGAAUGGAAAUGGAUAGUGUGGUGCACAAGCUAAGCGAACAGCAUUCAAGAACCAGCACACCAUUUACUCAAGAAAACUUUAGGAAUGCAAGAUUUACAUCUGUUGCUGCUCCAGAUCAUCGGCUCCCAUCACUUGAGAUCACAGACACAGGACGACAGAUAGCAAAAAGAUUUGCCACAGGUACAAUGGCACCACUGGCCCAAAGCACAAGCCAGGAGGAAUGGAGCAGAUUCACCAGUGCAGCUGCCGACUGGUCACAGCGUAGCUCAUCCUCUGGGGAAUUUCCGAUGAAGGACCUCAAAAAACAAGUUUUAGGUUACAGAGGGUAUGCCGUGUGCUUCCUCCCCACUGAUGGCUCCCGCUCAUGGAAGUACUGUCUGCAGCAAAAUCCAUCACUAGACAAAUAUGGACCAUCACCUGUGCCUGUGGAAACACUAAACACAUUCCGUUCAGCUGGGAAUCUAUGCAGUUUGAAUUCUUCCAUUCAUCCAUGGCGGUAAAGAAUAGGCAGAGCACAUGAAGAGGAGC